AUGGCGGAGCUCUACGGCCCAAUGAAGGAAACGACUGAAACUUGCGUACGGAUUCACGACAUCGAGGCAAGAGUGUUCAAACUCUUGCUGCAUUUCGUCUACACGGACUGGCUGCCUGAGAUGGACGAGGGUGUUAUCGUAGUCAUGUGGCAGCAUUUACUCGUCGCUGCAGAUAGAUAUGGUCUCGAGAGGUUGAAGCUAAACUGCGAGCACAACCUUUGCUGCCGUAUCAACGCAAGCACUGUGGCAACUACGUUGGCAUUGGCUGAGCAGCUUGGUUGCCAGGGCCUUAAGAAAGCACGCGUCCAAUUUCUGAAGUCAAGUAGCAAUUUGAAGGCUGCAAUGGCGACCGAUGGUUUUGAGCAUUUGACGACCAGCUGUCCUAACGUUCUUGAGGAGCUGCUGGCCAUGGUUGCUCCAUGA